UGAUGCUCUGAUGCUCUCUCUGAUUCUCGGGCGUUCUCAGCUGAUCGACUCGAUCCAAGCUAGAAAGCGACGAUAAGUGUGAUGAUAACUUCGCAUCAAAUCAUCAAGACAUCCCAGCCAAUCGCCAUGGCUCGUUGUCUCCGAAUGGGGGGCGUGGCUCAACGUGGAUUCGCCUCCAUCGCCAUCAAAAAUGACGUCGUCAUCGUAGGGGCGGCCCGCACUCCCAUGGGCUCUUUCCGAGGUUCCUUGGCGGCCGUGCCCGCCCCUCGCUUGGGUGCCGCCUCUAUCACGGAGGCACUCAAACGGGCCAAUGUGGAGGCCAGCGCCGUGGAGGAGGUCUACAUGGGCAAUGUAUUGAGUGCGGGUCUGGGUCAAGCCCCGGAUCGACAGGCCGCUCUUUUCGCCGGCCUGCCGCCCUCCGUCACAUGCACCCUUAUCAACAAAGUGUGCGCUUCGGGUAUGAAGGCCAUCAUGUGCGCGGCUCAAAGCCUCUCCAUGGGCGGGAGUCAGGUGGCAGUGGCGGGCGGGUUCGAGUCCAUGUCCAACGUGCCCUUCUAUCUUGAACGCGGCCAGACACCAUAUGGCGGGAUCAAGAUGGCCGAUGGACUGGUGGCCGAUGGUCUCACCGAUGUGUAUAAUAAAUUUCACAUGGGCAAUUGCGGCGAGAACACGGCCCAGAAGCUGAGUAUUACCCGCGAGGAACAAGACGCAUAUGGUAUGGAGAGCUAUCGCCGAUCGGCCAAGGCCUACGCCGAGGGUCUGAUUCAGCCGGAAUUAUUCGAUUUCUCCGUACUCAAGGGCACGAAGCCCCCAGUGAUCGUCAAGGAAGAUGAGGAGUUCAGCAAGAUCAAUUUUGACAAGUUCACCAAGUUGCCUACGGUCUUUCAGAAACAGGGCGGGACUAUCACGCCGGGCAAUGCCUCCACGUUAUCCGACGGUGGCGCCGCUUGUGUUCUUAUGACAGCUCAGGCGGCGGAACGGCAGAAAUUGAAGCCUUUGGCUCGAAUUUUGGCCUUUGCCGAUGGGGCCACCGUCCCUAUUGACUUCCCCAUUGCCCCUCGAUUUGCCACCGACAAACUGCUCAAGACCAUGGGUAUGAACGCGCAGGAAGUUGAUCUGUGGGAGAUCAACGAGGCAUUUAGCGUGGUCGUUCUUGCUAACAUGAAACUCCAUGAGUUGGACGCGGCCAAGGUCAAUAUUCAUGGAGGUGCGGUCAGCUUGGGUCAUCCUUUGGGCGCUUCUGGUGCGCGGAUUACAAAUCACCUGAUCUACGCUCUCAAACCGGGUCAAAGAGGCGUGGCUAGCAUAUGUAAUGGCGGCGGUGGAGCCAGUGCCAUCAUGAUUGAACGACUUUAACGAGAUCUUGAUCCAGAUAUAUCAACAACAAUAACAACACCAGUCAAAUAAAUCCUUCCCAUCUCCUCACAAAUGUAACCCACAAGGCCGUCAUUCUCUCUCUGAUGGGUUUUGGUUUAUGCUCUAUAUUGCAGA